GUGCGUAGCCUACUGGGUGGAUUUGUGGGCGCGCUCGCGCACUCUCAGACUAUUUCUUUAGUUUAUGAUGCGCAUUAUGUUUUUUUUUUGUGGUUAGACUCAAAAUUUACAGUGAAGUAUCUCCGCUACACCACAGCGGGUUAUCUUUACGCUCUUUCGCUUAAGGUGCCACAUUAGCAACAUUGGAGGUGCUACAUGGUAACGUUAAUAAACUAAUAAAAAUGUAAAACACGUUUAUUUUCCGCGCGCUCUCCAGACUGAAACCAGUGGAGAGGUAGAAGAAGAUUUAAGAGUUUAAAGAGCGCGACACAGACGGAGCACGAGACAAUGUGGAGCUCUCAUCUGCUGCUCAUUUUUGCUCUCUCCAUGCCUUUCUGCGGCGGAGUUUGUUUCGUGUGUCCGGAUAUCUGUCGUUGUUCACCGAAGAGUAUCACCUGCAACAGUGCCACAGAGACGGGCAAGACCAAGAGCAAACUAGCCUUGAACUACUUCUCAAUGAAAACCAUCAACAGUCGCACCUUCGAUGGCCUAAAAGGAGUACAAAGAAUUGAAAUCUCCCAGAGCAUCUCGCUGGAAACCAUAGAGGAGGAAGCCUUUAACAACCUUCUGAAUGUCUCUGAGAUCUCAAUUCAAAACACACGGAGCCUGAUUCACAUCCAUCAGCGUGCGUUCAAUCACCUGCCUAAGCUGAGAUAUCUGAGCAUUUCCAACACAGGCAUAACUGUGUUCCCUGACCUGACCUCCAUCUUCUCCCUGGAGUCCCAUUUCAUACUGGAUAUUUGUGAUAAUCUCCACCUUCGGACAGUCCCACCGAACGCUUUCAUCGGAAUGACGAGUGAAUACAUAACAAUGAAUCUUUUUAACAACGGAUUUAGAGAAAUUGAGAGUCAUGCUUUCAAUGGAACGAAAAUAGACAAGCUGGUGUUAAAGAACAACAAAGAUCUACGAAGCAUCCAUGAAGACGCUUUCAAAAUAGCCUUUGGUCCAACUGUACUUGAUGUUUCAUCCACGUUGUUGGAGUCGCUUCCCUCUUAUGGUUUAGAGGAUGUAAUGAUUCUGAUGGCUCGUUCAGCUUUUGCUUUAAAGAGAUUGCCUCCACUGAAGGGAUUGAACAGCCUGAAAGAAGCCUACUUGACCUAUCCAAGCCACUGCUGUGCACUGCUCAACUGGGACUCCAACAGGGAAAGUUCUGCUAUUGCUGCUUUGAGAAAUGGAUCGUCACACUGUGGAGACCACGAUUCUUCAGCAAAGAGUUUGACUGACACCGUCGCUGGAUUCAUAUCAGCCGAGGAAACCUUUGGAAGUCUAGACUUUAAUUAUCCAGAGCUAGACUUGUGUCAGCGCCGACCGGCCCUACUUUGUAGUCCUGAGGCGGAUGCCUUUAACCCGUGCGAAGACAUCGCAGGUUUCGGCUUCUUGAGGGUUGCUAUUUGGUUCAUCAAUGUCUUGGCCAUUGUCGGUAACCUGACGGUAUUGCUUGUGAUAUUUACAAGCCGCUGUAAGCUGAGCGUCCCGAGAUUCCUCAUGUGUCACCUGGCCUUCGCCGACCUCUGCAUCGGGGUGUAUCUUCUCAUGAUCGCCACCGUGGACCUCAGGACCCGCGGACACUACAGUCAGCACGCUAUCGAGUGGCAGACAGGAGUGGGUUGCGGCAUUGCCGGGUUCCUCUCGGUGUUCGGAGGCGAGUUGUCCAUCUACACGCUGUCCACCAUUACCGUGGAGCGCUGGCAUACCAUCACUCACGCUUUGAGGCUGGAGCGACGCUUGGGGCUAAGUCACGCUUCUGCUAUAAUGGUUGUCGGCUGGCUGCUGUGUCUAGCCAUGGCUCUGUUUCCUCUGAUGGGUGUAAGCAGCUACAGCAAAGUGAGCAUGUGUUUGCCAAUGGACAUCGAGACUCCCUUAUCCCAGGCCUACAUCAUCCUCCUGCUUCUUUUUAACGUCGGAGCGUUUCUGGUGAUUUGCGGCUGCUACAUAUGCAUUUACUCCGCCAUCCGUAACCCUGAGUUCCCCGGUCGGGCCGCGGACACCAAGAUCGCCAAGCGGAUGGCCGUGCUCAUCUUUACCGAUUUUCUGUGCAUGGCACCGAUCUCGUUUUUCGCCAUCUCAGCAGCAUUUAAGGUUCCACUGAUCACUGUGACCAACUCCAAGAUCUUGCUAGUGCUCUUCUACCCCAUCAACUCCUGUGCCAAUCCUUUCCUCUAUGCCAUCUUCACCAGGGCGUUCAGGAAAGACGCUUGCAUUCUACUGAGUUCCAUGGGCUGUUGUGAGAGCGAAGCCAACAUGUACCGGAUGAAGACGUACUGCUCAGAUAACAUCAAUAGGAGCAAAAGCAGUUCUGGUUCAAAUGCGAACACCAAAGCCCCUCGUGCUGUCGUGUGGAUGUCCACGUUUCCCCAUCUGGGACCGCAAUCGCAUCUGCAAGGAGUCUAGAAGAAAUGUUACAGAGACAUUUCCUGUGAUCCUCAUUGGGUCAAGAGACUCCAGAGAAUCUAAUUUAUCACUGUAAUAUAUUUUAUGGGACAUUUAAGUGCCAGGUUUUUCUGGUUCUGCCCUUGAACUUAGCUGAGUUUGCAGUGACAGACUCAGGCAAGAUGAUAGUGUCAUUUCUUUUACAUUUCUGAAAGCAUUGAUUUGUAAUUCAGAAGAUGGGCAUUGAAGAUGGAUUUUGAAGAUAGUACCCAAAUGGGUAGAAUGCGUCAAAAAGCAGAUGACGGGCAUAUUAUGUGACAGGUUUUACAAGGUCUUUCAUUGUUCCACUUGUUAUUUGUUAUAAGUGGGAAGCAUCAGUCUAGUUUUAAAUUUUUCUUUUUUAGUGCUGUUUACAUACAUGAACCAUUUUCCUUGUAGUGAGAGAUAUGAUGUACCUGAAUACUGUGUCAUUCCAUGUUAAACUGAAUUUUAUUUCAAUUUGUUUAUUGUGGAAAAAAUAUACAUCUCUUCUUCAAGAAUUAUUGUUUUUGUAUGCAGAAAUUUACAUGACAACUUUUUUAAAUGUUCAAUGAGUUAACUUAUUAAAGUUGUGUAAUCCAUCCCAGAUGUUUGAAGAAAAUAUUCCAGUCUGAUUUUUCAGUUGUUUUUAUAUAGCAUGAAAGUGCGCCACACUGUGGACAAAAGUGAUAUUUCUGAAGUCUAUUUGUCCCCCUUUUAGUUCCCCUUUCUUAUAAAUUCCUCCUCCGUUGUAAUCUUUGAAGUCUAAUAAAAGAUUAAAG